AUGAUCCCACGCCGGGCAUCUUGUUCACCUCGUCGAAUCUCUGAUCGGACACCCGUUGUUCCUCGAACACCGGCGCCGGCCGGCGAAGAAGCGAAUCUGCCCGAGUUGGCAGAACCGAUACCCCAUCAAUCAACAGCUCCGGGGACAGGAGGGCAAACGCAGGGGCGAGGAAGUGAGCCCGCGGUGGCACACGGGGAGGCGGACGCCGUGGAUUCGGGGCAGCCGUCUUCCUCGACUCCGCAAACGUCGGCAGGAGGACCAACAGCAGCCGCAACGGAAGCGUCGACCGCAUCCCCCCUUCCAUCGCCUUUGGCUUCACCGCGGGCAACAUCUUCGCAGCCCCGUAAGCGAGGCCGGCAGCGGCCGAAGCCUGCACCGCAGCCGUCGUCAGCGGAGCUUGAGGCUCCACCAGAGAUAAAUACACCAGCGACCCCGGAGCGAGUUCCGCCGCCUGACAAGACAGGCCGCCCUAGGAAGACCCCGUUGCCACCCGCUGCAGCAGACCAAGCUGCUAAUCCGGACUUGCGCAAGAGGGGCCGUCCAAAGAAGACACAAUUGGAGCCUGCUGCAUCCGACGAAAGUACGACUCCGGACCUGCCUCGUAAGAGGGGGCGCCCGCGGAAGACACCGUUGGAACCUGCUGUACCCGACGAAGCUACGACUCCGGACCUGCCUCGCAAGAGGGGGCGCCCGCGGAAGACACCGUUGGAACCUGCUGCACCCGACGAAGCGACGACUCUGGACCUGCCUCGCAAGAGGGGGCGCCCGCGGAAGGCACCGUUGGAACCUGCUGCACCCGACGAAGCUACGACUCCGGACCUGCCUCGCAAGAGGGGGCGCCCGCGGAAGACACCGUUGGAACCUGCUGCACCCGACGAAGCGACGACUCCGGACCUGCCUCGCAAGAGGGGGCGCCCGCGGAAGACACCGUUGGAACCUGCUGCACCCGACAAAGCGACGACUCCGGACCUGCCUUGCAAGAGGGGGCGCCCGAGGAAGACACCGUUGGAACCUGCAGUAGCAGACGAAGCUACGACUCCGGACCAGCAACGCGCAACCCCGUCGAAUUCUGCGCCGCCUUCUCCAGUGGGCACGCCAACGCCAAGGCAGCAACGUCUCCCUGCAGAGCCACGAGAGGAGGUGGACAUCCCCGCAGGAAGGAACGCCGAUGGCAGCGCCGAGCCCGGAAGCAAGAGCGGCAAAAUGCGGCGGAAGGCACAACUGUCAGCGGGCCAGCGGCAGCAGCAGCAGUCCCCGGAAGCAAACCCUCCUCCAGCGAACCACGCGCAAGACGGUGCUGGUGCUGACAUUGGUAGGCACGUGGAUGAUGGUGGGAGUGUAGGAGACUGCGGCGAAGAUUUUGGCGGCAACGGCGGCGGUAGCGUUGAUGGUGGUAGCUGCAACGAGAUGAACGAGGGCGGUUCUCACGUCACACGGGAAGAAGAGGGGCGCGUCGCUUCGUCCGAGCAGCAGGUAGAUGGGUCUGUAAAAGCCGGGGGGGUGGGGAAGAAGAAAAGGGCAGCAGUCAGCAGCGGCGCACUGCGGUCCCAAUCACGACGCAAGGCGCGGGAGCUGGCAGACCCUCCAGCGGGGAAUGAGCGACAUCGUGGUAUUCCCCGAUCAACCCGUGGCGGCGGAGGCGGAACGAGCGAUGGCAACAAGGACGAGACUGAAGGGCCGACUACCACCAGAGAUGAAGACCUUGCUUUGGUCAGGGAAAUGCACCAAGAAAGCGAGGGUCUCUUGGCCGUUCGUAAGAGGUUGCGCAGGGAGGUGGUAACCUUGCAGGACGAGGAGGACGAGCUGAGGCUUGUGCUCGGGCUUCCCCCGGCGCGAUCGGAGCUGGUACUUCCCACGCUGCCGCCGCCGCCGCUGCCGCCGCCAGUGGAGCCAUCGGAGGCCGUGGCACCGGCGAAGAAAAAACGCAGAUCAAUCCCUCAGAGGCGAACCACGCCGCCCGAACAGGGCGAACCCAGUGUCGCCACCGGCACCUCCUCCUGCUCCUCCUCCUCGCCAGCUGCCGCUAAUGGUGCCAGUGUUUCACCACAACACCCUUCACCCAGUGUCGCCAUGGGCGCCUCCUCCUGCUCGCCAGCUACUGCUAGUGGUGCGGGCGCUUCACCACCACGCGCUUCACCCAGUGUCGCAACCCCCUCCUCCUCGCCAGCUGCUGCUGGUAGUGCGGGUGUUGCACGGCCAAGCGUUUCACCUUCCCGGACGGAGCGGAGCCCGGUUGCGGCUGCCAGUUCGAGAAGCAGCAGCAUUGCGGCCGCGUCUAGCCCCCAGGCGCUAGCAUCGGCCCCCGGUAACGACGACACGCCGAUGGGGUCGCCGCUCUCGCUGCCCGUGCCGGGUUCCCCGGUCGGCUCCUUUGACCUCGCACCCGCCGAAAACGACGACAUCGAGAAGCUUCUGCUCGGACUCGACUCAAUGACAGGGGACGACGACGACGACGACGACGACGAUGAUAUCAUUGCACCGGCAGGAGGUUUGGGGGGACUCCGCCACCGUGGAGUAGGGCCUGCGCCGCCGCCGCCGCCGCCGUCUUUCGGUGGAGCGCCUAUCGGGGCGAGACAGCAGCCGUUGGCAAGAGAACGCACUGCUGGCAGUGAGCCGCAGCUAUCUGGCCGGCGAGGGAAUGGUGGAUUGAAUCAACCAGAGAGCGUAGCAGGGCGUGGGACUGCCGUUGGAAACAGUGUCCGCGGACAGCAGCGACCGGGCAGGGGUAAGCAGCUGCUGUCCUCUGGAAGAGGAGGCGUCGCUUCGGGCGGCAGGGGCCGGGGAAGGGGCGCGAGGCGGGCGCCGAACUACCUGGACUUAAACGCGAGCUUCCUGCGCCGCCCUGCCGGCAGGGGUGCGGCUCGCGGCGGCAGGCUCGGCAGCGGAAGCCGCGGUGGUCGUGGCAGCGGCGGACGAGGCCCUCCGGUGGUGGGCUCAGGACGAGGAGGGCGGCGCAACGGGCCCGUCGGGGUGGGGGGAGGGAGUGCAGCAGCAAGACCAGGAGGUGGAGGGUUGGGAUCCGGUGCUUCUCGUCGUGGCCGAGUCGGCGGACGGGGUCAUCUGGUACGCGGAGCGACGGGUUCACCGGGAGCGCCGGGUGCGGGAGGAGUUCGAGAAAAUGAGCCCGUGGGCGUAGCGCAACAUUCCGUAGAACAAACCUCUACCGGUGGAGCUAGGGUGACCACUGUUUCGCCAGGCGAUGCUUGUCUCCCGGGUGGGAGCGGGCGCCCGCCUGGUCUCUAG